CUCUCAAUAUCAGUAAAGUAUACCAAUUAGAUUGUGUGAGUGUAUUCAUGUGGAACGCCAUCCAAGAAGAUUAACUAGCGUAGGAAGCUAACCACAACACCGUAUCGCAUCAAUCAGUCGUGCUUGGAAUGCUUCUAUCGGCAAAGCAACCAUUGGUGAAUCGGUGAAUAUAAGGCUUAGAAGCGCCAUGAUAUAGUCCACUCAAUUUCCAGUUAUCCCGUUCGGAUCUGAUACUUUUCAUUAGAAUACCAGGGAGAGGCGUGACAAUGAUUGUCCUCAACAAAUUUGUAUGCUAUGUAACCGUCUUGGUUUUAACUGUCAUUCAAAAAAUACCACCAGUGGCUCCCCAGGCGAUCUCUGUAAUAACCGAAACAUUAAAAACAGUGAACCUUGGUGGGACAGUUGAACUGACGUGUACAUACGACACAACCACAAGGCGAGAAGAUAUCCGUAUUUACUGGCUGAAAGUCAAAGCACAAGGAGAUGAACUUAUUCUUGAAAUACCUGAUGAGUCUACGUCAGUGGUUCAUGAUCCAUAUAAAGGUCGAUUUAAACGACAAGGGGACAAUAAUUUAGAAAUCAAUGAUGUCGUUUUGGCUGAUGCUGGGUUAUAUAAGUGCAAUGUAACCACCAAAGGGGUGAUUAUACAAUCAAGUUCGUCUGCAGUUGAAUUGGUAGUCAACGGUACGUGUAUACCAUGGCAAAUGAUUAAUUUUAAUAAUAAAAUAUAAUAAUAAAAAUAAUAA